AGCAGCUGCUCACACUGAGCCCUUGUUGCUCUGCAGACACAGAGCCGCUGUCAGAGGACGCCGUCUGCCGCCAGUGUCGGUGGAAGAGCUGCCAGCGCACGGUCAGCCGGACGCUCCACUGCUGCUGCUGCUGCUCCACAGAACCGGACCGGACCGGACCGGACAUGUCGCACCGCCUCGCUGUCUCCUUCUUCAUCUGCUCUGUCCUGCUUCACCUGGCUUCGGGGCUCCGCUGCUACAAAUGCUCCGACUACACCGGGCGCUGCCAGAACGUGCAGGAGUGCACGUACGAGGACUCGUGCAUCUCGCUCAGCGAGAGAGGAGGGAAGACCAUCCGCCAGUGCAUCCGCUACACGGACUGCGACAACUCGCGCCUCAGCCAGAUGUUCCCGGCCGUCUCCGGCUUCACGUACCGCUGCUGCAGCAGCAACCUGUGCAACUCGGGCACGGCGGCGGUGGCGGCGGCGCCGGCGCUGGCCGUGGCCGCCGCGCUGCUCGGCGUGUGGUGGGGGCGGCUGUGAGAGCCGCCGCCGCCGCCUCUCUAACACCAGCUAACCGCCGGUCUCAGGUCUCCUCUGGUUUUUACUCUUUUUAACAAUAAAAACAAA